AUGGAUUUCAACGAUUCGAAGACGUUGGCCGUUUUGGCGACCGCUAUCAUCGGCCUGCUGACUAUCCUGAUCUUCAUUUUCCGGGUUUUCUCUCUGUUUUACUUUUCAAUCAACACUGAUUACUUUUAGAGCCUGGUCAGUGCAAAAAAGAACAGAAUUCUGUUUGUCGGACUUAUGGACUCGGGAAAGACGACAAUCUUCACUCAAUUGUCUCAAAAGGAGGCUGAGUAUCGUAAGAUUAAAAUUAAAAUCAUUUUCAUCCUGAUUUUUUAAAUAAUUUAGCAACAACUACGAAGACGUUCACUUCGUUGGUCGAGAAACAAGAUUACUUUGAGAAUCAAGGAUAAGGAAAAGGAGAUCAUCGACUAUCCGGGAAACGACAGACUUCGUCAGAAGCUCAUUGACACUCAUCUUCACGUACGGACCGUUUUUCAUUUUCCAAUCAAUCCAAUAAGCUGUAUUUUCAGAGCCAUGCGCUGCUCCGAAUUGUUUUCGUCGUCGACUCGGCCGCCUUCUCGAAGAAUGCUCGCGACGUCGCCGAACUUUUCUAUCUCGUGGCCCUCGAGAACGUUGAAAAGGUCCCCAUUCUGAUUGUCUGCCACAAGCAAGAUCUGUCGUUGGCCAAAACGGAAAAGGUGAUUCGGAACAGUCUAGAGAAGGAAAUCGGAUUGAUCAACAAGUCUCGCUCUGCGGCGCUCAUCGGAACUGACGGAUCGGACGAGAGAAGAGCCACUCUGACGAACACUGGCGUCGAUUUCAAGUGGGAGGAUCUCAAGAAGUGAGGAGUUUAUUGUUUCGGCGAAGUGAAACUAAGAAUCAUUUCAGACAAGAGGUCUCGUUCGUGACCACGUCGUCGUACAGCGAAGAGUUCGGAAUCCACGAGAUCGCUUCGUUCGUCCGCCUCUGA